AUGGAGCAGGUGCGUGACAUGAAUACCGCCUCUGAAACGUGGAAGGACAAGCUCCAAAAACAACGUCAAAGGAAGCUGCAACCAGCUACGUCUUCGAUCUCUGCUGAACCAUCCUUGGAAGAAGUCGCCAAAAUAUCACAGAUCCAAGAUCUAUUUCCUGAUUUGGGACAAGGAUUCAUUAAGGCGUGCUUGUUGGAGUACAACGAUGAUGUGGAGACGGUUAUUAUGCAACUUUUGGAAGACAACCUACCACCCAAACUUGCAGAGAUGGAUCGCUCGUUAGCAGAUCUUCCAAUGGAUACAUUUGAUCAAUCAGAUACAGCAAAGAAAAGCAUCCUGGAAGGUCGACGCAACAUUUUCGACAAUGAUGAAUUUGAUCUUUUAUCUGAAAGUGCCAGGGUGGAUUUAAGCAAAAUGCAUAUUGGAAAGAAAAGUCGUGGUACAACCGAAUCAUUGCUCAAUGACAAGAGCUUCAUCCAAGAGGAAAAGGCCAAUGUUAUACAACGAGUUUACGAUAUGUAUGAUGACGAGUACGACGACACAUAUGAUGGUAUCAAUGAAGCACCUGGAACGGUUGGCAUGGAUGAUGAAGAUGAUUCAGCUGUCGACAAGGUCAAGGGUAGCAAAAAGAAGCAACCUGGUGCUGAAGAUCCCGGAGUCGCAUUUGAAAGCACGCUUAUCCAUACCUAUGUCGACAAUCGUGAUGUAUUCAAUCGAUCAUCUGCCGUACGGAGGUCAAAGGCACGUGCAGAAUUGCGAAGGAUCACUGGUAUGAGCGACGAGCAACUUGAAGGAUGGGCCAUCAUGCUGGAUCGUAGCCCACGACGACAACGAAUUUUGGACAAGUAUAUGCUCUUUGAUGGACAACAAAAAAAGGUGGAUGGCAAGUCAUUAAAAGAAGCUCAACACAAGCAAUUACAAGAGAAGCGGGCGGCUGGUCAAGAUGAGACAAAGCAAAGGGCGUACAAGGACAAGAACAAGGCCCGUUUUGGAAAUCAUAAUCGCAAGAGAGGACAUGAUAAGAAGAUGCAGAAAGCAGGUGUCAUGGGGAAUAGCUAA